AUGCUAAAACAAACCGAAAGUCAUAGACAAAUUCAACAACUCAUUCAAUUUUCUCCACGAGAAAAACUUCGCGACGUUUUGGUCAGUCAAUUUUUAACCUUAGCCGAACAAUUUAUUGAACUCUCACGAUUUAUUGACGAAAUGCAACAAAUUAAAUGUGCUACGUCUGAAAUACGUAUGGCCAAAACAAUAUCAAAAAGUGCACAAGAGCUGGUACGUAGCCAUUUAAAAAAAAAUUAUAAAAUGAUUAAAGCACUUCGAUUGAAGAAAGAUAAAAAAAAACCAACACCUCAAAUCAAAUAUUAUCCGAAAAGAAAAUGUUAUAAACGAUUUGAAUCGUGUACGCAUCUGCAAAUCGAAGAAUAUUAUCAAAAUGUGGAUCCAUGUAAUGAAAUUCAUCAAGUGGAAUAUGAUUACGUAGUUAAAAAUGAGAAUAAUGUUUUAAUGAAUCCUACUCAAUUGGAAUACGGCCCAUCAUUUAAAGAAGACCAUAACACUAUGUAUGGAAAGUUUAAAACAAAGGCAACAUUCUCCUCAUUAAUUACGGCAUGUUCGAGUUGUGAAUGUUGUGAACCUGAACCUGAAAAGCAAAACAUCAAAAUAAAAAAGUUAUAUAAUUUGAACGAUUGUAAGCGAAAUGACACGUUAAAAGAAUUACAUAAACAAAAUUUACAUGAAUUAAAGAAAAGAGUUGAGAUAAAAUCUAAUGAAGCAAUUAAUACAUUCUCUUUUGAGUCCGAAUCGAUUGAAUUAUCUCAUGAAACCUUAAAAAAUGUGGAUAGUUGUAUCGAUGGCCGUACAAUUUCGAGUGUUGACAGAUUCCGCUCCUGCGUACACACAAUUGCAAACGUCCCAACAAUUAAUGCAAAUUGUGCAGUUGGUAAAAGUAUUGAUCAAUCCGAACAAGCGUUGAGUACUGAACUAAGAGCAGCGCUAUUACAAUUAAAACAUUACAAAAAUAUGGAGAACAAAUGCACACAAUAUGGUGGAAAUAGUAGGGCGAUAAAAAGUUCUCCAAUAAAAGUCAUCGAACCAUCAAAUGAUUCGUCGGAUGAUGAGAGUAUGUACGAAGAGAUCAAAUGGAACGAUGAUAAGGUGGAUAUGUGGACGGAUUUAAUAAGAAAAAUUAAGUAUGUUGAAGGGGCACCGAAACGUGCCCAGAAAAGGAAAAAACGUGGGUUACCAUUACGUAAAAGUGAUUCGAUGUCGUAUUGUUUACAACAAAUUAUGACAACCGGGUCUAUUAUUAUGCCGAAGAUCAUAAUUGAGUAG